AUGUUAGCUUAUCUCACAAAUAGAACAUUAAUAAUACCUCCAAUAAUAGUAAAUAAGAAAAUCUGUUUUAGUGGAUUCGACAAACUUUAUAAUAAGCUUAACUCUAGUUUUCCUAUGAUGAAUUGGGACGAUUUGUUGGAUUUUACUCCUUUAAAAGAUCAUGUUCCAAUGAUUAAUCGUGGAUUAAAUUUUAAUCUUGAUUCCUUAAAAAAAUCUUUGGGAUUAAAUGACGAUGUUUCUGGAAACAAUGGCAAAAGUGAUAUCUAUUUUAUUCGUGGGGGUAGACGAUAUGGAAUUGAAUUUUUCGACGUAAUCGAUAAUAACAAACAAUUGAAAGAAUAUCAGAAAAAAGUUUUUAUAGACGAUAUAAAAAAUAGAAAUGAAACUUUAAUUCAUUUUGGUUCUUUACAUGGAUCAAAGAGGAUAAUCCUUAAAAAGCCUGAAAAUAGAAAUUUCUUACGAAAAAUAAAGGAAGAUUUGAAAUUUAAUCAUCCUAUAUUAGUUGAUUGUGCCAAGAAGAUUACCAAUGAUUUAGGUGGUACGAGAAGUUUUAUUGGUGUUCAUUUAAGAACUGGUGAUGGAAUUUUUAAAAGUGAAAGAUAUCGUAAUAUUCGUACAAUUUUUGAUAAAAUAAGCAAUUAUUCAAAAAAUCAUAAUUUUACUAAUAAUCUUUUACGUAAAUCUUUACCAAAUAAUGUUCCAAAAAAUAUUUUGAAAUGCUUGGAGAGUCCGGCUUCAUUGGUAACUUACAUAGCAACUGAUGAAAAAACUCCUAAAAAAGUUUUUGGUUCAAAAUUAAAUCCUUGUACUUUUAUACUAUCUGAUUUUAAUACCCAUUUAGAACCUUUGAAUCAUCUUAAGUUUAAAUCUUUUUUCAGAUCUUUGGUGGAUUUGAUGGUCGUCUCUAAUGGUGGUGCAUUUAUAGGAACUAGAAGAAGCACUUUUUCAAAGGUGGCUCAAGAAUUUUAUGAAUUUCAAUAA